AUGCCGAUCGAGGUCCUCGAGAGCGUUGCUUAUAGCAACUACUACGCCUCCCGUCCCCGACCUUUCACCCCAGCCUUGAUCUUCGACCUGGUCAAGAUCAGAAGACUGGUCGAUGAGGCAACCGAUCUCGUUGUUCGUGCUGCGAGUGGCAUCGGUACUUUGGUCACGCAAUCGUCAUCCAAGAAGGGCAUGUUCUAUGGCAGCGAUGCAGAGAUACUGGGACUUUCAACACAGAAAGGGAUGGUGUACCCGAAACUAAGUCGUGAGCGGCAAUACCGAAUGCGAGACCAAGCGACGCAAAAGUUAUUCCAAGCUUACUGCUUGGAUGAAAUCGCUGCAAGCGUUAUCACGAUGCAGUCGGCGUCAGCCUUGGAAGACGUGGCAAAACUCGUGCUGGACCGCGAGGAACACAACCCGCAUGCUCAAUAUGUCCACUUCUUCCACGAAAAGAUUCCCUCCAUGGCCAUGGCUGAACACACAUCCCUCCACCGUCUGAACGACGUGAUCAGUCAGAUGCCCACAGAACCCUCGCUGUGGAGGACGAGGGCAGUUGCCUCAAUGUUCAAGAACGAUAUAGAGAGUGUGGUGCGAGACUGCACGCAUGGUCUUACCGUGCACAAGCUAUAUCAUCCCAAACACCAGAAAGACCAACAAGACCGGGCGCUACACAAGGACGCUGCAACGGGCCCCCCUCGAGACUUUCAACCAAAGGGUCGUUUAGCUGAAAAGGAUCAACCCAGCAGCACGGAGUCCCAGCUGUUAUGCCUUCGGGGUACAGGAUAUCUAGGUCUUGCGUGUGGCUGGGUCAGUGAAGCUUUGCACGGCCUUCCCAACAGUUGCUCUCGACGGACAGACGACGCAGUGUGUUCUCCCGGGGCGGGGGACGCUGAGGAAGACCAACAACGACAAGGUGCUGAGGCACGAAAGUUCGUCCGAGCCUACGCCAAAAGGGCGCUUCAGGAUUUCCUCGUGUAUUUGUCACACUUCGAAUACACGCCAGGACUUCCCUCGGAGUCCACGGUACAAUCCGUUGACAAAGUAAACGGCCCAGGGCCUCUACCUCGUACCCCUGAUAGGAGAACACUCGACGUUGACUCAACGUCCGCGGGCUCGUCAGAAGCAAUGCAGAGCCCAGAGAACAUGAAGGAUCGUCUGGGAAACAUUGUACAUGCCCCGUCGCCCUCACCGCCUGUUUACACGUUGAACGAAUUGUUCGCGGCUGUACCUCCUGCAGAUGUACCGGCUUGCGCUCCUGAACCAGACAAGGUGAUUGAUCCGAAUCGUCCCAUCUUCUCCAACCCAGACUUUGCUGAAGUCGUCACCUACCAUCCACUCUUGGUAGAAGCUCUCCACUCCGUGUUGCUUUGCCACUGUCUUCUACAAACAUCGACCAAGGAACUUCAACGACAUGCUUAUAUGGUGGCACGUGUCACACGCGUCGCCGACGAAUAUCCUCUCUUUCUAGCACCUCGAUCGCAGGCCCGUGCAGAUUGGAAGGAAAUUCUCAUCCGUAUGGAAAACUGGAUUGGGCUGGAGCGGUCCUGGUCGAGUUUGUGUAGGCGAGUGUAUCUUGCCGAGGGUCUCAAAAACGCCUCAGUAAAGGACAAGAAAGAACCGUCUGAAGGAAAAGCGCCACGAACAAAGCACACGGCCGACAUGCAAGCAUUAGCGGACGAGAGGAUUACUGGCGACGAGAAAACACAGAAGCCGCACCACCACACAAACCUGGGGGCAUCCCAGCUAGAUCCCAGCAUCGAUAGUAACAACGAACGUCACUCCAAGACGCCAGACGAUUGGGACUGGGAGGACGAGUACUCCCCAAAGGGUAGUGACCGGGCCAACGCUAUUGUCCGAUACCUCCUCGAUACACCCUCUCCCAAUGUAACUAAUGGCGCUGGUCGGUCGAAGAAGAGGUCUGGUGGCAAGAGUAAAUCGAAAAGGAUGAGCAGCAAUGUCUCGAGUGCACGCGAGACUGUAAUGGCGGCUGUGGGACAGGGCGUCGAGAGCCUGGAGCUGGGGGAUUGA